AUUACUGUUUUCUUCCCCCAAGAGCAGAAACUAUGACUAAGAGAGCAGAAUACCAGAGGUAUCAUGACUCUGACAUCUUGGGAAGGAGACAGCAGUGGUGGAUUCAGCCAUAAGGCAGGCAAGAUUUCUGCCUUAUAGAUUUCUGCUGGCCUCCAGUUAGCAGAAGAGAGGUAUCGAAGCACCAACAAGGAAUCAAGGGUGACCUCUUCAUUAGCCGAACUGCUUGCACUCCGACCUGCUAUCACCAUGCCUAGAGGUCAGAAGAGUAAGCUCCGUGCCCGUGAGAGACGCCGCCAGGCCCGCGGUGAGACCCAGGGUCUGGAGGGCCCUGAGGCUACUGCAGGAGCACCAGCAGGUGCAGCAGCCAUACCAGCAGGAGAGUCCCCCUCCCCUGCCUGCCCUCUCUCUGGGGAUAGAGCUCAGAAUUUGUCUGCCGCUGCGACAUCCAGCAGUCCUCAGGCAGCCAAGGGGAGCUCCUCUCCCGCCAGUGCUGGUGCAGCUGUUUCAUGCACCAAUUCAGAUGAAGGUGCCAAAAGCCAAGAUGAGGGAAGCCAACAAUCCUCUAAGGGCACUGAGUUCUCACGCACAGGUCCAUUAAACAAGAAGGUAGUGUUGUUGGUACAGUUCCUGCUGCGGAAGUAUCAAAAGAAAGAGCCAGUUACGAGGGCAGACAUGCUAAAGUAUGUCAUCAAAAAGCACAAGUAUCAUUUCAAUGAGAUCCUCAAGAGAGCCUCUGAGCACAUGGAGCUGGCCUUUGGUAUUGAUGUGAAGGAAGUGGAUCCCAUCCGGCACUGCUAUGCCCUCCUCAGCAAACUAGACCUCAGUGUCGAUGGCACGAUGCGUGAAGAAGAGAACACGCCCAAGACCGGCAUCCUGAUGAUCGUGCUGGGGGUAAUCUUCAUGAAAGGCAACUGCGCCCGGGAGGAGGAGGUCUGGGAAGUCCUGAAUCUGAUGGGCGUAUAUUCAGAUAAGAAGCACUUCAUCUAUGGGGAGCCAAAGAAGAUCAUCACUGAAGAUUUGGUGCAGCUCAAGUACCUGGAGUACCGGCAGGUGCCCAACAGCGACCCUCCGCGCUAUGAGUUCCUGUGGGGCCCCAGAGCCCACGCCGAGACCAGCAAGAUGAGAAUCCUGGAGUUUCUAGCCAAAAUUCACGAUACCGUCCCCAGUGCUUUCCCAGCCUGGUAUGAAGAGGCUUUGAGAGAUGAGGAAGAGCGAGCCCGAGCCCGAGCGGCAGCCAGGGCUCGUAUCACUGCCAUGGCCAGUGCACGUGCCAGGGCCAUGGCCUCCAGCUCAUCCCACACAAAGUGAAGUCUCAGGCUGGUCCAAAAGGUUGUAUUUCAUAUGUUAAAGUUUGAAGCAGUUCGUUUUCUUUGCGGAAAAAAGCAGUCAACGUUCUAAAUAGUGGAUGGCAGUGGCCAGGGUAGGUCUGGAAAGAACACAGUGAAUAUCAUCUUGGUGUUCUUGUUCUAUAUGGUAAACUUAAGAGUCCUUUAUUUUUUUUUCUUUCCUUCUUUUCCUCUUUCUUUCACUCUUUUUUUUUUCUUUUUAUUUCAAGUGUUAUUUCUUUAAUAGAAAGUUUACAUUAUUUUCAAAUCUAAAUUAAUGAUUUUGGUUGCAUAUUUGUUGCGGUUUAAUAGGCUUCAGGGAAGGAGUUUUAUUAUUUAGUAAAACACAUUGGGAAACCUUUCACGCUUACCAAAAAAGAACGGUAAAAGAUGGUAUUGUCACAGGCAUUUCCUUGGAAAUGCAAAACACUUUAGCAGUAAAAUUACUAGGAUCAAAAAAUGGAGAGGAUAGAAGUGAAAGCCAUUUGUUCUUGGUUUUCCGUAUACAUUUUAGUCUCUUGUUCUGUAAGAAUACAAGAUGGCGUGCUUGGAUUUGCUUAUUAAAGAAUGUAGGAGAAAUAAAAAGUUGAAACACU